AUGGUUAGACCGUUCAAAUUGAUAUUUGAUGAAUUUGAAUGUUUGAAUCUGAUGAUUACCAGACCUGUGAUGACGGAUCCUGCUAUUAAACUACCCGUCGUAGUAUGGAUACACGGUGGGGGAAAUGUGGCUGGUACUCCAUACAGGACGAUAUGUGACCCUUCUGACUGGAUUUCACAAUCGAUUAAGAUGGCCAAGCCUGUAAUAUUUGUGAGCCUACAGUAUCGGGUUCAUCUCUUUGGCGCGCUACCCUAUGAAGGUAUAGGUAACUUUUUUUUGCAUGACCAGCGAUUGGGUUUACAGUGGGUUCAUGAAUAUAUCGACUAUUUUGGCGGUGACAAGAAUCGAGUGACUUUAAUAGGACAGUCUGCAGGUAGUUGCUGUGUAGCAGCUCAAGCAAGUGCCAAGGGUGCCGAGCAGCUGUUUAAGAGGGCCGCGCUUAUGAGCGGAAGUAUAUCUAGCAUGCCUUUUAUGACAUUAGAUCAGUACGGUGCUAAGAGCAAAGAAAUUGCUGAAGCGGCCGGUUUAGAGACUGUCGAAGAGCUCUCUAACUUGCCCUGGAAGCAAUUGGUUGAUGCUGGGGUCAAGUGCAACUUUAACGUUGCCUAUGCAGUCGAUGACGGGAAGUUUCUUGGUUAUGGUCAGUUAAAUCGGGCACAUACACUUGUAGAAUCCAUAAUACUGAGUGAUUGUAUAGAAGAUGGCUAUUUUUUCACAGAUUAUUUUACUCAGGGGAUAGGUGAUCUGUUUACUGAGAUAAAGCAAAUAGCUUGCGAUGAAAAGGUUUCACAGCAACUAUUAGCAGCCUACAACAUUGUCGAAGAUGAAUCGAUUAUAAAGAGGAUAGGAGAUUUAUUAACAGAUGCCAUUUUUUGUCAAGGGAAUGAGAAUAUGGAUAUCGAAGUUCGCAAAUCUGGUGCUACAAAAGUUUUCAGGCAGUUCUUUGAUGCAAACAAUCCUUUUAAUCCAACAUUGGGUAACAAUCACAUGGUAGAAGUUCUUUAUCUUUUCAAUGCAUACAACGUUGCAGCGAAAUAUCAACCAAUCACUAGGGAUGUUCAAUCUAGAUGGAUUAACUUCUUCUACGGUCACGAUCCAUGGAGCAGUGAAUGCUGUCUUCGGGUGUCUGAUACUGGAGUUGAGGAAAUAUCCUAUAAUCAGCGGGGUCAGUACAGAAGAAUUAAAAACUUCGAUUUACUUUCUAGUUUAGACCCGAAAUCUAUGCAUAGACUAACCGGUGAUGGCUGGGACUGA